AUGCCCCCCGAGCCUUGCUCUAGCGGAACUGCCCGAAAAAGUCGGGAAUAUCGCUCGACGGGCUCUACCAAGCAGAUCCGUUUCCCUACGCGGCGCAGGAAAGUUCGGGGCCCGAGCAAUGGGGUCCAGAAGCGAGAGAGCUCGUCGUUGAAACGAGAAAAUUCGUCGUCGGAGCGAAAAGGCCCAUCGUUGAAGCAGCAGACAUUGACGCAGAUGAGUUUCGUCUCGUCGUUUGGUGAAGACGUCAUCUUGUUGGAUGACGAUGCCUCAGAUGAAGACGGGACAAUUUGCAACAAGACUGGCUCGACCGUUCUGCAACGGGAAUCCGAAGCUCUGUUGACAAAGGAGCCACCAGAGCUGGCGUCAGGAGAAGAUGCCAUCAUUAUUCAAGAUUCUUGUGGCUCAACUUACGACGGCUCUGACGAUGACGAUGACGAUGACGAUGCACCAGCCGGAACUAACAUCUCUCCUCCACGUUGGCCUGAACAUGUACGGGAAGUUGUUGCGAUGCCUCCCCGAUCUGUGACAUGGGCCGAUUCUAUGGAUGUAGUGAGAGAUUCUCCACGGCGCCGUGCGCACCUGAACAGAAAUCUGGAGGAAAUGAAAAGCACUCAGAGCUCUCAAGAAUACGGCGCAUCGUUAUCAGCACAUGUCCGUUUUGCAGCUGUGGAAGCGGAUGACCGGGAAAUUCCAGACUCGGACGAAGAAGACAAUGAAGAGCUGCAGCCGAGAGAUUUCAACGGGCUAAUACACCAAGAAAUGCUCUGCGUCGGCCACGAGACUCAACUUAUCAUGGAGGAAAUGGCUUCUUUGGAGGACCCAGUACUAACUCCUGAGAGUUCACCAAACAAAUGCCAGCUGACGGCGUCUCAGAACUCGCUCGCCUUGGCGCCAUCUGAUGGAAUUGCGAAUGACAAACAUGACUUUCCGAUGGGAAACACUCAAAGCCAGCCUAUUGCAAUACCACAGACUCCUUCCUUUUCAUUGCCAUCAUCACAAACGACUCAAGUUGGCCCCGGUGAUCAAACUGAUCUCAGCCAAGGGCAUAAUAACCACCACGGUCCAGCACAUACACAAUUACCCAGUCAGGGUCAGAUCUUUGAGUCUCAGCGUGUACCACUUCAAAUUCUCCAGUCUCUCGCUCCAGUAUCCGCGCGUACGGAUAUCCUCCUUCCCACGCCAUCUGAAGCACUUCGUCCCAUCAUUAGCGGCUCUGAGACAUUUGUCCAUCUUGCUUAUCGAGUGCCUGAAGAAGUCCAGCGGUUCUGGCUUUUCAGCCACGGUAUAUUACGCUACAUGGCCUGUAUACAGCCUGGCAGGCAUCGCGGUCAUGGUUGGGAUUACCCGAUUGACCAAGUUUAUCAGCUCAACAACGCCUUAGAAGAGCGCGAUAUGCAAGAAGAAGGAUGGGUUCAUAGCGAGGUCCGACGAUACAUUUAUCUCCCUCCAGCGAUAGCGGGCCAGCUCCUGUGGAAUCUGCGAUGCGCCACUUUUGGCCAAGAUGAAUCGCAAAAAGACGAUAAAUUUGAAGUAUCAUCAAAUUCCUCGACAUCCAGCCAUGAGGACCCGACUGGUUCAGCUACCACUCUGCAGUCAGCCAAAGCUGAUAUUACUUACAUCCGUGACCGUGAUGCUACUGGCCGGCCAAGCAGCUUAAACUUACAGGACCAUGGGAGCUCUACAGCCACACUCCCGGCCAAUGCUGUCUUUGGCUCAUCUCCGCUUUUGACAAAGAGUCAAAUGCUCUCCGACAGUUUGAUUAGCGAUAAAUUCUAA